CCGACAGGCACGGAGGGUGAUUGGGAGGAAAGGGGGCAGCGAGGGGCUUGUCAUGGGGAUCUGUGCUACGAGACGGCAUUGGUAGCAUCGGGGGACUCCGAGGGGGACGGGAAGUGUCAACGCCCGGGACCCCGGCGCCAGAUCCGCCGGGGGAUCCCCGCUGCUCUAGUCCUGGGGAGGGAGGGGAAAAAGGAGGGAGCCCUGUUCUCGCCCCGCCCCUGGGCUUGUUACCGCGGGGGCGGGGAGUGAGGGCUUCUUUUGGGGGGAGUGGAGAUCGGGGGACUCGGCUGUGCCCUCUUGAGCGGCUGCCGGUGUCCCCGCGGCGCCGGGCUGCCCAGCAGAGGAGCCGCGGCCGCUGUGGCUGUUGCAUGUGUGGCUGCUGGAUGCGGAGGCGGCGGCGGCGGCGGCGGCGAGGAGCAGCAGCGGCGGCAGGAUGUUAGGGCAGCAGCAGCAGCAACUAUACUCGUCGGCCGCGCUCCUGACCGGGGAGCGGAGCCGGCUCCUCACCUGCUACGUGCAGGACUACCUCGAGUGUGUGGAGUCGCUGCCCCACGACAUGCAGAGGAACGUGUCUGUGCUUCGAGAGCUGGACAACAAAUAUCAAGAAACAUUAAAGGAAAUUGAUGAUGUCUAUGAAAAAUAUAAGAAAGAAGAUGAUUCAAACCAGAAAAAACGCCUACAGCAACAUCUCCAGAGAGCAUUAAUCAACAGUCAAGAGUUGGGAGAUGAAAAAAUUCAGAUUGUCACACAGAUGCUCGAAUUGGUGGAAAAUCGGGCAAGGCAAAUGGAGUUGCAUUCACAGUGUUUUCAAGAUCCUGCUGAAGGUGAACGGGCCUCGGAUAAGGCAAAGAUGGAUUCCAGCCAACCGGAAAGAUCUUCAAGAAGACCCCGCAGACAGCGAACCAGUGAAAGCCGUGAUUUAUGUCACAUGACGAAUGGGAUUGAAGACUGUGAUGAUCAGCCACCUAAAGAAAAGAAAUCCAAGUCAGCCAAGAAAAAGAAACGCUCCAAGGCCAAGCAGGAAAGGGAAGCAUCGCCUGUUGAGUUUGCAAUCGAUCCCAAUGAACCUACAUACUGUUUAUGUAACCAAGUGUCUUAUGGGGAAAUGAUCGGAUGUGACAAUGAACAGUGUCCAAUUGAAUGGUUUCACUUUUCAUGUGUUUCGCUUACCUAUAAACCAAAGGGGAAGUGGUAUUGCCCAAAGUGCAGGGGAGAUAAUGAGAAAACAAUGGACAAAAGUACUGACAAGGCAAAAAAGGAUAGAAGAUCGAGGUAGUAAAUGCCAUCCACGUUUUAGAAGGUUAUUUGUCUUUUAUAUAAUUCUUUCAGAAUUUACUUUCGGAAAAUGUUUUAGGGUAAAUGCAUAAGACUAUGCAAUAAUUUUUAAUCAUUAGUAUUAAUGGUGUAUUAAAAGUUGUUGUACUUUGUCUGUGACCUUAAUUUUCUGCACUGAAUUACCAAAUAUUUUAAACCAGGUAGUCUUUAGAUCACCUGAUGAAAGGAGCAGGGAAUAGGGAGAGGGUGGUGUGAACAUUAUAAAAACUUCACAAACCAUGCUUAUUUCAUUUUCAUUUAAAACUACAAUGCUGUUUUUUGGGUAAACACCAAAGUUUUGCUAGCAUUAUUAGUUCUCUGGGCUUUAACAAAUUAAGGUGUAGUUGGAGUUCUCUGUAAGCAUUCAGAUUAUCUUGGGUAAUUUACAAUAUGAACACUACAUUUAGAGCUUCUUUCUCCCUAGCCCCAUUUAUACAUACACUUGUUCAUCUCUAGUCUUCCAAGAAUUUAAGGAGCUAGAGAUAAGAAUAAUUUGGGAUUCCAUGUGGAAUAAUGUGCUCUUACUAGAGUAUUUGCUGCUGUAUUUUCCUUAGUAGCAUUUUGAUACACUGUCAGUAGCCCAUUUGUAAAUGUCUUGCGGCUGCAUCAUAGAUACAUUUAAUCUAGUGCUUAAUAAGGGAGUUGUGUUUUGUUUUAAUUGGGACAGGUAAGCGUAGUUAGGAUACCAAAAAUGGUGCCAUUGGCUUAUAUUGGAAAAUAUGGGGUUAUGUAGUAUCAUGGUUCAAGGUUGAGCAAUUUAAAAAACGCAUCUUAUUUAAUAACAUUUUCCACGUAACCCGCUGCUACGAUGCCUAGCCACAGGCCUGUCAGUGGGAAAAAGGGCAUACAUUAGUCUUUAAAUACUGCCUUUAUGUCAAACAGGAGUUUAAAUAGUUUUCUAGUGGCUAUAGUUGAUUUCUGUCCCAAUCAGUGAUUAUAUAUUAUUUUAAGUAAUAGUGUAUUCACUUUAACUUUCUGGUAUUGGUGCUGUUUGAUGUUUUCACGUUUAAUGAACUAAUUUCGUUAUAACAAUGCAAUUAAUAAUGUAUUUGUAAAUUGAAUUUUCCAAGAUUCUGAUAUUUUAAGGAUAAGCAUAUUGAUGGAUAUAUGAACAUCUAUUCGGAGAAUUUUUUGGUUUGGGGGAGGGGGCAUCAGAUUAACUAGUCCUUUAAAUCUAUGUGUAACAUACAUUUUAUUCCUCAUUUCUCCCUAAUCUGAUGAUCUUGAUUCUUUUUUGAUUAACAUGUGAAAAAUUCUGUCUGCUUGUUUGGAAAAAGAGAAAAAAAUUUUUUUUUUUCCUCUUCUAGCUCUCCUGUGUGACUUUUAGGCAUGUUACUUCACCUCCUCUGGGUGUCAGGUUAUUCAUCUGUAAUAUGAGGUUGGCUUAAAUAUCUCCAGGGUUCUUUUGAGAUCCGUAGUUAAUUGCACUAUAGUGAGGAUUUUAAUAAUCAAAUGACUUGUUUUUCUCUUUUUUAAAUUUUGUCCUUCAUUCUGAGUUGUGAAGACAGUUUAAAGGUGAUCUUUGAGACAGGUAAAUGCACAAUACUUGAUUAACUUCUAUCCUAAGGAUGUUUUGCUUGAUGACUGGAAGCAGUUGGUUAUGUUGCUUCUUGAGCGAGAAAUAUCAGACAGCAUGAUGAAGAAUUUAUUUUAUUGUAACAUAGUUGAGUUGUAAAAAAAUUUUUUUCUCUCUUGAGAAUACAGCAUUUUGUCUUAGUGAUUACAUCCUCAUUACCACGAUAGAGUUAUUUACCUGACACCAUUAAAAAUAUCCAUAUGUGCACAGUCUCCAAAAGCUUUCAGCUGUGACGAUGUACAUUAAAUUUCCCUCAGCAUAUGAGGAAAAGAAAAACUUCAUAAUAGAAGUACCCAAAUUUAUAUUAGGCUUGAUAGGAAAACAGAUACGGAAAAUCCUGGAAGAUGUGCUCUCUUUAAGACCUAAUGUUUGAGACAGUUUUAUUUUUAUGAAUUUUUUUGUUUUUUUUCUAUACCACACAGGAAAUAGAAGUCUUAAGUUUGCAUAACAUUUUGACUAGGAUUUCUUUUUUAAGAUUCUAGAUUUCAUAUACUGUCUCAUACCAUGGUUAUCAACUCAUGCUAUAAACCAGUGGUUCCUAAACUUGUCUCCUAUUUGAAUUACCUCAAAAGCUUCAAGAAAUGUAGAUACCUGUGUCUCACACCCAACAAUCAUGAUCUAAUUCAUUUGGAAUGUGGCUGAUAUUUUAAGGAUAAGCAUAUUGAUGGAUAUAUGAACAUCUAUUCGGAGAAUUUUUUUUAAAUCUCCAGGUGAUUGUAAUCUACAGAAAAGUUUUUUUAGAACUGCCGUAUUAUGAAAAUUUGAGCCUAUUGUAAACUGUGGGUGACUUCUCUACAUCCAGAUUUAUACGACUCUCUAGCACAUAGAAGUUCUGAUACAUGCACAAGAGGUUGUCCCUUGCCCCCAAUGGUCUGCCAGCACUUGAAGACUCAACACUUGAGUGCUUCUUGUGUACUGGGCACUGUUCUAAGCAGUGGCGGUUUCAAAAGAAAAAGUCCUUGCUCAUGCACCAGACGUUUUGAUGGGGAGUCAAAUGUGUGUAAUGCUAGGUAACUGUUAGAGGGGAGGAAAGCAGAGUAACAAAAUGGAUGGGAAGGGAGGUGAGUCUUAAUUAUGGUGAUUAAAGAAAGUCUUAAAGGAAGUGAUCUUUGAGCUGAGACCAGAGGGAAAAGAAGUAAGUGAGCAAGGCAAAGAUUUAAAGGAAGGGAGGAGUCAAACAAGCUUGCCGGUUUGAUGAGAGCCCUUGACACAGUGUGGGAGGGACUAGAAAACAAGGGCUCUCGAAAGCCACGGAAGAAAAUUUGGGGAAGGGUUUAUAUUGAAGAGUUCUUUGAAGAUCGCUCUGAUCAUGCUGCAUGCAAAAUGUGUCAUAGGGAGGCUUGGUGAAAAUAGGGAGUAUCAGGAGACUCUUAGAAGUCUUCGCACCAGAAAUAUUGGUAGCUUAGACCAGGGCGGUAGCUGUGGAAGUGGUGGCUAGUGGUAGGACUCUUCUUAUGUCUUCAAGAUCCUGCCAGCGGAAGGAUUUUGGCCCAGCAAUCGGAAAGCAAAGAGAUGACCAGGGUGACUCUUAGGUUUUUUGGCUUGAGGGGACAAAUCAAGAUUUCUGUUUGCAUUUGGGUUUGAGAUACCUGAUUUCUCAGGGGAUCCAGCAUGGAAUUGAGGGAGGGGCCAGGAGCUAAAGAUUUGGGAUCCAGCAUGGAAUUGAGGGAGGGACAGGAGUUAAACAUUUGGGAAUUAGCCGAUAAGAGUUUAAAGGCAUGUGACAAAUCACUUGUAAACAGAUAAGUGCCUCUCAAAUUUUAAUGUGCCUAAGAGUCACCUGUUUGUUAAAAUGCAGAUUCGGAUUCAGUAGGUCUGGUGUGGGGCCUGAGGUGCUACAUGUCUAACAAGCUCUUCAGUGAGGCUGAUGCUGCUGGCUCUGGGACCCAUGGUUUGAGGUGCAACCGUGUGGACCCAGAAGAGGGUGGGGUGGGUCCUGGGGCACACCCAGCAUGUGGAAGGGGGAGCCAGCAAAGGAGACUUCCAAAUCUCUCAGAUAAAGCAGAAAAAUGUGGCACACUAGAACAAAAGUGACGUGUUUCAAGAAGGGAAUGGUCAUUCAAGUGCCUCUCAAGAUGACCGAAUUAGCCACUAUGUUCGGGGUUUUUCCAAGUUAACAGGCUCUGAGUUUGGGGAUGAAGAACUGCUUGGAGUGAGUUGUGAGCAGAAGGGGACAGAAGUAGAACCAGCAGUUGCGGACAACUCGUUUUGAUGUAAAGUGGAGCAUGGUUGGAGCUGAGGUGUGGCUGAGCUAAGGGAGGAUUUUAACUCAAGGAGACAAUAUAGCAUGAUCAUAUGCAGACUGGAAAAUUCCAUUAGAAGGGGACAGAUACAUGCUGUCAGGAGAAGUGGCUUAUUGCGGGACUGAAAUCUGAAUAGGCAGGCAAGUGGGAAUGAGUGAGAACUCACAUUCAAGAGGGGUUCAUCUCAAAUGGGCACAGGGACAGUUCCAGUUCACGUGUCAAGAAGGAAGAUGGUGUUUUAACUCAUUUAUUAAAAUAUUUAUUGUCCACCUAUUACAAGGCACUGUUUUAGGUCCUCGGGAAUAAAACAGGGAUCAAGACAAGAUACAGAUCUUUGUAACUGGAUGGUGCUUAGGUUCUGGAAGUGACCAGGUGUGAAUGCAGAUAGCUCACUAGAUUUGGUAUUGGGGAAAAUGAGAGCAUUCUCUCUCAACAGCUUCCACUUUCCCCAUUGAAGGCCUGAGAUGGGGAAGGGGGAGGGAUGUUCGAAAUAGCCCUGAGGACAGUGGGAGAGUGGACCAGGAAGGCCAGUCAGAACUGUGGGUCAGCUGGAGCCUUUGGUCAUAACUUUAAAUGAACUGAUAUCUCAUUCUGUUGCUUGGAUGCAAACAAAAAAAGAGAACGGAUAAAAUAACAGAAUUUCAAAAUAUCCCUGCAGGGAGCUAGAAAAAACAGCUCUCCUGUCCUUUUUAUAUGCCCAGUAGGUGGCUUCCUUGGAAGGAUCUAUCCUCAUCGCCACCCGCCCCCCUCCCCACCCGAAAUGGAGAGGAGCCCGUCUUCAAGGAGCAGUGGGGGUAGAAAUAAGUCAGACUGCUCUUCAGCCCUUCCUGAAUCAAGUGCUUACAGUUUGAUGUCAUUGAAAAUCUAUUUUAAGUAAAGUGUGAGUUAUCUUGGAAUUACCCUUAUUAUGUUACCUAAACUCUAUACAUCAAUUAGAGAGACCAAAGCUCCUUUAUCAUAUCCUAUAUGUGAGGGCAGGACGGUACCCUGUCUGAGGAUUCCAGAGAUGCGGAUUUCUCUGGGGUCUCAGCUGGCUGGCUUGUCUUCCUCCUUGGCCUGGAGUUUGUUCAACUGUAAAACGAGUGAUUUAAGAUACGGUUAUGCCAAAGACAUGGUUGUUACUAUUCACAUCGCUUGACAUUGUUAGGAAAGAGUUCUCCAGGUCACAAGCUUACUAAUUGUUGAGUUUAUGAAAGAACGGUGUUUAGUUCACGUAACUAGUAACUGGACUUCCAAACAGGGUUUUCUUAAACUUCAGACACUAGAAUGAUCUUGCUUGAUUUUCGCCAUGUCCACAUCCCAUUCUAAUUUUAUAUUUGAAAGUAUUACUUAAAACUUUUCUUUAAAACAACUCUUUGAUGCCAAUUUAUUUUUAAAAGACGGCAUAUCACUUUGGGGAGUGGAAAAUUAGUAUCACUUUGACUGGAUUACCUUAAAAUACAAUGAAAACAAAGCAACGUUACUGAAUUCUAGCUAUGGAGGAUUGCUGUGGAAACAGCCUCCAGUCUGUUCUCCCUUUUUAAGAAGUGUGAUUAAUAAAUACUAUUAGGUAAGGGUAAAAAGACAUGUAAGCACCAAAUCAAGUCUUUCUGCAUGAUGUAACCAAAAAGGUUUAAAGAGAAUUUUGAGCACUCCCUUAACCAUCCUUCUCUGGGAAACACUUUAAGCAACAGAAGGUUAGCUACUGCAGUUUCUCGGCUAUCAGUAUAAAAGAGAAAUACUAACAUGUCUUAAAGGCAUCUAUCUACCUACAUGCAUGCGGAUGGACUCUGCCUCGUCAUAAAGGUUUCUGUAACCGUCCCCGCCCCUUGCCAAUGUAUGGACCGGCAUUACCCGCAUCAGUAUUAAAGUAACUGACGUCACCCUGACUGAGUUUCUGGUCUUGUCAGUUUUUUAAUCUCAGGAUAAAAAUAAUGCAGCUCUUUCAAUGCCACUCAGUGAGCAGAGGGAGAUGUCCCAGGUGGCCUUGUCUGUGGUGCUUUCGGGCCUGGCAUUCCAGCCUUGAAAAAAAAAAAUCCUUAAAAUUUUCCAGAUAACUUCCUCAGUUGCCCACUGGCUAGUGAGUGGAUUCUUGAUUUGGCGAUCUUCAUUGUAAAAAAAAAAAAAAAAAUUCCAAUUUCCUUAUGAAUUAGAUAACACCAACAUGUCCUAACACCGAAGGCCUGAGAUUUAGGGUGUCGCAGUGUGUUUUGGUAUGGUGAGUAGUUGUGCGCCCACAUGCACUAAAGUAGUCUUUCAUGUUUUAAUUGUAUUAGAUAAAAAUUGUCCUGCCCUCUUAGAUACGUAUUUCAAUCCUUUUUGGCAUAUGGUAUGACGUAAACGAAGAUUUGAUGUCUUCAUCCUUUGACUGGGCACCAUGUUUAUGUACGGGGAUAUCCUUCGAUCUUGCCCCAGUGUGGAAGGCUGUUACCUCUCUACUUGCCUCAGACUAGUUUUUAAAAUAAAUGUGGCUGCUUUUAAUGA